UGAGGAUCUGCGCCUGCGCCUCAGACGCCCGGGGCGUCUCCUCUGCGCGUGCGCACCGUGGCGGCUCGCUGACGGGAACUAGAAGAUGGCGGCGUCCGUGGUUUGCAGGGUGACAGGAAUUAGGGCCCAAGCGCUGUUGGGCACCCGCCGUUCGCCGGCCCUGCUGAGGGCGCCUGCCCUGCGAGGGACCGCCACCUUCGCCCAGGCCCUCCAGAACGUGCCCGAGACGCAGGUCAGCCUGCUGGACAACGGGCUGCGAGUGGCCUCGGAGCAGUCUCCGCAGCAGACCUGCACGGUGGGCGUGUGGAUUGAUGUCGGCAGCCGGUACGAGACCGAGAAGAACAAUGGGGCCGGUUACUUCGUGGAGCACCUGGCGUUCAAGGGAACAAAGAAUCGGCCUGGCAAUGCCCUGGAGAAGGAGAUAGAGAGCAUGGGUGCCCAUCUUAAUGCCUACAGCACCCGGGAACACACAGCCUACUACAUCAAGGCGCUGUCCAAGGACCUUCCCAAAGCUGUGGAGCUGCUGGCUGACAUGGUGCAGAACUGUAGCCUAGAGGACUCCCAGGUUGAGAAGGAGCGAGACGUGAUUCUGCGCGAGAUGCAGGAGAAUGACGCGUCCAUGCGCGAUGUGGUCUUCAACUAUCUGCACGCCACGGCCUUCCAGGGCACCCCGCUGGCCCAGGCCGUGGAGGGGCCCAGUGAGAAUGUCAGGAAGCUGUCUCGAGCAGACUUGACCGAGUAUCUCGGUCAGCAUUACAAGGCCCCUCGCAUGGUGCUAGCGGCAGCUGGAGGGGUGGAGCACCGGCAGCUGCUGGACCUGGCACAGAAGCACUUCAGCAGCGUCUCUGGGGAGUACGCUGAGGACGCCGUGCCCGCUGUGACACCAUGCCGCUUCACGGGCAGUGAGAUCCGGCACCGUGAUGAUGCCCUACCUUUUGCCCAUGUGGCCAUUGCCGUGGAGGGCCCUGGCUGGGCCAACCCUGAUAAUGUGGCCCUCCAAGUGGGCAAUGCCAUCCUUGGUCACUAUGACUGCACUUACGGUGGUGGCAAGAACCUGUCCAGCCCGCUGGCUGCAGUCUCCGUGGCCAACAAACUGUGCCAGAGUUUCCAGACCUUCAACAUCUGCUACGCAGAGACCGGGUUGCUCGGCGCGCACUUUGUGUGUGACCGCAUGAACAUCGAUGACAUGAUAUUCUUCCUGCAAGGCCAAUGGAUGCGCCUGUGCACCAGUGCCACAGAGAGUGAGGUGACCCGGGGCAAAAACAUCCUCCGAAAUGCCUUGGUGGCUCAUCUGGAUGGCACCACCCCCGUGUGUGAGGACAUCGGACGCAACCUCCUGACCUACGGCCGCCGCAUCCCCCUGGCCGAGUGGGAGAGCCGGAUAGCGGAGGUGGAUGCCCACACAGUGCGUGAGGUCUGCUCUAAGUACUUCUAUGAUCAGUGUCCAGCGGUGGCUGGAUUAGGCCCCAUUGAGCAGCUUUCAGACUACAACCGGAUCCGUAGCGGCAUGUUCUGGCUGCGCUUCUAGGCAGGAAGGCUGUGCAGAUGUGGGGGUGGGGCUGGUGCUCACGGUCCCCCUACCACAAACCUGCGAUCCCAUAACACCAGCUCCUCGCCCCCGGACCGCAGAGCCCCCAAUAAAGUCUGGCGUCGUGA